GUUUGGUAGAGUUCAAAUCAAUUUGAAGAUUUUAAACUUCACAUAUCACCACGUUCAAUGAAUGGCUUGCAUUCCUGUGAAUGGUUUCAUUGCUUCAUAAAUCAACCACCGUUGGCACGAAGCGGACGUUGAGCACGAGACCGGACGUGCGAUGGACGCCGGAGACGAGACGGACGGAGCCACCGGCACGCAGUGGACAACGGCGGCGGCCGUGGAAACGUUUGUCGCCCACUGUCUUGGCUGCCUGCCGCAGGAGGAGGAAACGGGCGGCCGCACCAACUGGACCUGGACCGUUCACGACGGCGGCGUGGAGAGGAGGGCCGGUCGAGGGCCCAACUUUACCGCCUCCCAGUACGAAACGCUCGACGCCCAGGAGGACUUUCCCCGGUACGAGAUCGACCCGGCCUAUCAGCUGCGCUACAGCAUCCUCGGCACGGUUCUGCUGACGGUGGCGUACGCGCUCGUGUUUAUCGUCGGCCUGCUGGGGAACAUCUCGGUCGUGAUCGUGGUGAAGAAAAGCACCAUGAUGCGAUCGCCCACAAACCGAUUCAUCGUCAAUCUGGCGUAUGCUGAUUUAUUGGUCAAUUUUCUCUGCCUACCGUUCACGCUGAUCGGCAACCUCUACCCAGCCUGGAUACUGGGGGUGUUCUUCUGCAAGGGCGUUUCUUAUCUGCAGGGCGUUUCCGUGUCCGCUUCCGUCAACACGCUGAUGGCAAUCUCCAUCGAACGCUGCUGCGCGAUAUCGUUCCCCAUCUCGGGCACCAUCACCACCAGACAGUAUCGACUGAUCGUGUCCAUCAUCUGGUUUAUAGCGUUAAGCAUCAACCUGCCCUGGCUGUUCGUCUUUACGCUGCGACCCAUCGGCAUACCGGGCAGCAUAGCGCAGAUCUGCACCGAGCUGUGGCCGACGCCGGCAUCGGAAAGUUGGUACUUCCUGUUCGCCAACCUGUUCUUCUGCUACCUCGGUCCGCUGAUUGUGAUAUCCAUUUGCUAUGUCAUCAUCUGGAAGAACGUGGCCUACCGGAACCUACCGCGGGAGAUGAUAAUCAACCGCAAGAACGACGUCUUCAACCGGAGUAAGGUGAAGGUGAUCAAGAUGGUGUUUGUGGUUAUUAUCACGUUCGCCAUCUCCUGGCUGCCGCUGUAUGCCAUAUUUUGCUUCGUCAAAUUUGCCGGAGAUUUAGUGUACGAUGAUGCAGUACAAUCGUUCAUUUUAACCAUUCUGCCCGUCGCCCAAUGGUUGGGAGCCUCAAACUCGUGCAUCAAUCCCAUCCUGUACGCCUUUAUGAAUCGGAAGUUUCGGGCCGGAUUCAAGAAGCUUUUCCACAGCUGCUGCACGGCGGAGGAGGACGACUGGGAUCUACCGACGACGGUUGGCCGGCUGGAGGAGAAGGAUGUGUACCUGCGGCGUGUUCGAUCGUUUUGCAACGGCAAACAGCAUCAUGCCCUGCUGCACUACGGGAAGGAGCCUUGCACGACGCUACGGGUUCCACUUUCGGCUCCCGUCAACGGGACGACUCAGCAGUAACGGGAACACGGAAAUUGCCGACAGCUUGCUGCUUUCUGGAACGUUUGUUGAUGUUCGAGGGCGGGUUUGAAUUUUUUUUUUUUUUUUGAUAAUGUCGGAAUUUAAACGAGAAUUAGGGGUGAAUUUACACAACCAAAAAAUCGAAAUGGAUAUUUAGUUUCAAGAAAAUAUUAGCUAACGUAAAACGUACUUACAUAUUUAAAGAGAAAUUAAACAAAUAUAUACCGCGGAAUUUAAUUGGGGCGUGUUAGACACAUAAGUCUGGCACCAUUCAGGAAACAGCAUUAUUAACGCUCAUAUUUACGCAAACUUUUGAAGUUGGCCUCUGUAUCAGAUGUAUUUUCAUAUAACUAAUUGUU